UCCCGAAUACUUCGUCGUCCGUCAUCCCUGUCAACAUCGAAUCAACACCAGUUCCCGAGGCAUAGCGUGCCCGCGCAAAGGCUCUUCACCAUGUCGGACGGAGACGCAAAGCCAAAGUUCAAGUACUACCACUACGACCCGUCAAAGGCCGCCAACCUGUCCUUCGUUAUACUGUUCGCUAUCGUAUCCGUCGGGCACCUCUUCCUCAUCGUGCGCAAGAAGACGUGGUACUUCAUCCCGUUUCUGGUGGGAUGUCUUUUCGAAGCGAUUGGAUAUGUUGGUCGAGUCAUCGCCACGGGCCAGACGCCGAACUGGACGCUCGGCCCCUUCAUCAUGCAGUCGCUGCUCAUUCUGCUCGCGCCCGCGCUGAUGGCCGCCUCGGUCUACAUGAUGCUCGGCCGGCUGGUGCGCCUGCUCGACGCCCACCAGCACUCCAUAGUCCGCACGACGUGGCUGACCAAGAUCUUUGUCGCUGGUGACGUCUUGUCCUUCCUCACACAGGGCGCCGGCGGCGGCAUCCUCUCCAACGCCGACACGAAGAAGCAGAGCGACCUCGGCAGCAACGUGCUGCUCGCGGGGUUGGCCAUCCAAGUGCUCUUCUUCGGGCUGUUCAUCAUCACCACCGUGAUCUUCCACAUCCGCAUCACCAAGGAGCCGACGGCGCGGUCGUUCUCGGUGGCGGCGCCGUGGCGGCAGUUCAUCCUCGCCCUGUACGCGGUCAGCUUCCUGAUCCUGGUACGGUCCGUGUUCCGCACCGUCGAGUACGCGUCGGGCCAGGACAGCGUGCUGCUGGGGUCCGAGAUCUACCUGCUCAUUCUCGACGGCGCGCUCAUGCUCAUCUGUGCCGUCAUCCUGCUCGUCUACCACCCCAGCCGCGCCCUCGCCGGCUACAAGGACGACGUCACCCUCGAGAGCCUCGACAGCAGGGGCCCCUCCCGCGGCGGGAUCCUCCCCAUGACCUCCCCCGGCUCGCCAGGCAAGCACCAGCAGGUCCCCAACCAGCCUGGCAUGACCGGCUACCAGAGCAGCGGCCGGCCUAGCAUGACGGGAUACCAGGGCGGCUAUGCCAACUAGCCGCUCGCGGUGUUUGUUGAGGGUGGGUGUGGUUUGGCCGAAGUCGAAGCGUCGGUUAGAAUGGUGGAGGAGCCACUGGGGCUGGGUAGAAAGAGUUUCAUGACAUUUGGAUACAGUGGGAUAGAUCUUUGGUUAUGGGGAUAUACUAGAGACCCGGCAUACCUCUUUUUAUUCCUUUUGGUUUUCGUUUCUUUUUCCUUUUUUCCUUUGUUUAUUCUUGUAAUUACCCCUGAGCAGUGUACUUCCAUUGUAUCAAACACCACAAAUAGCAUGGAGUUCGCACCUGUUACCCUCGAUCAAUAGCAAAAUAUAU